CUUAAAWUCCUUUAUGAAAUGCCACAGCAGAGUCACAGCCAAGUUCACAGCUCAGGGAGAUGCAAGAGCUCUCCAGGAGAAAUAGGAAGAGAUGCAAGAGCUCUCCAGGAGAAAUUCUACCACGGCUGGCUGAAAAUGUAAGGSGCAAACAUUGCUCAGUACCUGCACMUCAAAAGCAGAGAGCCAGGGGAAAAGCAGUGCUUGACUGCAGAGCAAAUAGAAGAAACAGCUUUUUUUGGCACUGCAGAGUUUGGAAAGGCAUGYUUAGAAACUACAAGUGGAAACCUCUGUGCUCAGCUGUACAGGAAACCAAAUACAUGAGCAGCAGUCAAGAUUAAUUGUAAGCCUGGCUGGAGAAACAGCCCCUCAAUUUCUGAGUCACUGCUCACAUCCUCCCCACUCCAGCACUUCCUCAUUCAUGGCAAAAGCUCCUUGCAGYAGCACGUUUGGAUCUCAGCACAGAGGACAAGGAACCUGUAGAAGAAGCCUGUAGAAGCCUCCUGGGGAAGCUGAGCAUCCCUAAACAGCCACCGAGGGGGACAGUCCAGGCAACAGGACACUGCAUGCACAUGUCAAUGACUGAGCUCURGUUCAAGAGAGACACAAGGAGCAGCUGAAGUGUUUGGUGAAGCUCCCAACAGGGACAGAUUUCCAAGGGCUGGGAGGCACAAAAAUGAAAUGGGAGACUGCACUCUGGAUGAUUGCCUGCUCRCUGCUUGCAUCUCUGCCCAGAGGUCAGCUGGACACCACGUGCCACGCGUUUGUUGGAGAAUCUGUGGUUCUGCCUUGCAGCACCACCCCUCCUGGAGAGCUGAGCCUUUCCAAGUCCAUGCUCUACUGGCAGAUUGGCAUGAAGAUAGUGCACUUCUUUCAGAAGGGGCAGGACUCGCUGAAGGCCCAGGACAAACAGUUCCAUGGCAGAACCAGUCUUUUCCUGGACCAGAUGAAGYAUGGCAAUCUUUCCUUAAAGAUCUCCAAUGUCCAGUYAGAGGACAAUGCUGAAUAUAUCUGCAUCUACAARCAGGUUGAGGAUCAUCACACCAAGAAAUCUAAAAUUAAACUCAAUGUAUCAAAGCAAACUAGGACUGAGGAGCCACCUUCCCCUUCUGGGCAGAGUCAGACUUGCUCCGGAAGCCCCACARUUGUGCCAUGUCUGGCUCUGCUUCCCCUCCCUUUCCUCCUCCUGGUCCCCCUGGGCRUUUGGCACUUGUAACUGGGGAAGCCAGCCUUGACUUUGGGAAAUUCUCCGCGCCAGAGGACGUUUCUGGGCAGAGCAGGUCUGUGGGGUCGGUGUGACACCUGUUCCAGAGCCACAGGAAAGAAGCACCGAGAGCUGAGAGCAGACCAAGCAUCAGGUGUUUACACCCCACAUUCUGGCGCUCCACAAAACCCAGGGCAGCAGAACUCUGAAGGGGCAAUUCUGCUUUUUCCUUUGUUCCUUGGAGUUUUAGUGCUGCCAGGAUAAAUAUUUUAUUUUGGAUUGUGUGGGUUUGCUUUAAUGACAGGAUGAAAGAUUCCCCAAACGCCAGGAUCGCAUUUUAAUUGAUCCUCAUGAGAUCUUUUGCAUCUCAUCUGCUGUCCUUCAAGACAGCUGAAAGGAGGAGCAGGGGUAGCUACCCUCUGUGUCAGACAAAAACUGGAAGUAGGAACACACUCCCAUUUUGUGAAAUGUAAGKAUGGAAACCUUGUGAAACUUGAUCCUGUGGAACUUCAGCUUCUGUUUUUACUCUUAAGCGUCAUGGUCUAGCAGUAAGAACCCUUUUUUUCCACAAGAAAUGUAGUAUUUCAUCAGCAGAAGGGUGAUAAGAAAGGGUGACAGAGAAAGAGGGUAGAAAUUCAUCAAAUAUCCACAGAGGAAGGAAGUGAUGUAUUACUACAAAAUCCACUACUAAAUAAGUCAGAAAAUUUAGAAGGCUGAACUCAGCACUCUUUUUGCCAUGAAACAUGGCAAAGCUGGAGUCUUAAGCUCAAAUUGCAAYGAGAAAUUGUUACUGUGACAAUGUUCUUUAAAAACAGUACCUUUGGAGGGGAAAAAUACUUUAAAAUUCAUCAGAAUCAUUGUAACUGAUACUUACGCAAACUAGAUGGGUUUAUUUCUGGAAAUGUUYAACUCAGGCCACAUAGGUGUCCUGGGUAAAAUUUGGGUCGAAAGGAUCCUGCACACAAACAAUGUCGAGAAAGUGCAGAAGUUUUCUUUGGGGCCAGAACCACAACUACCCUAUUUCACAACCCAAAAGCUGUCCAGAGAACAGAACUACUCCCCCGGGCUGGAGAUCAGCGGUGACGGCAGCACCCCCGUCCUGCUGAGCCCUGGGACAGUGACUCACGGGGUCAUUUGGAGUUGGAACAGUUGCACCUUUUUUUUUUUUUUUUUCCAAUGGAAAGACAUUUGUUCUUGCAAGGAAGGGACAGAAUUAAAUUAUGUAGCUUAAAACUGAGGUGAGGGAGGCAGUUACCUUUGAGUUUCUCAUCUAAAAAGCACUUUGUCCAUGGUGGGGGAGAAAAACAAAAUCGCACACACAGCUUGUGCUGUGGCUGCAGUGAAACUCAGCUGGUACUUGGCCACCCUGGACACAGAGCAGCUCAGAACAGCUGGAGUCCCAGUGCAUAGAGAGAUUUGACUGUAAGAAUUGUACAUAUUGUGACUGUCUUUUUGUGUCCUACCCUCCAAAUGUUUGUCUCAGAUUUCAUGUAUUUUUCAAGACAAAAUUUGAUUACGAAUAAAAACCUAAAAUAAAACCAAAAACCCUUAU